AUGGAGCCUGGCGAGGACGCGGCCGCCGCGGCGAGUGGUGGGGCCGCGUCGUCGUCGGGCCCCGCUGCCAGGCGCUCCAGAGGAGCGGAGCCCUCGCCGCCCUCGAAGCGGACACGGCGCGCCUGCCGCGCGCAGCCCGCUGCCGCCAGCGCCGCCGCCGCCGGCGCCGCUGCCGGCUCGGCCGGCGGCUCCGCCGGCAGCUCCUCGGGGGCCGCUGCGGCAGGCGGGCCGCCCGAGGCCGUGCGCAUCAGUUUGGAAUUGCCAGAUGAGCCUGACGAGGAGUCGUUCCACCCAGACGAUAGCGAGGACGAUAUCGACUUGGACGAUGACACGGGCGCGGGGCAGGCGGAUGUAGACAUCGAUCUAGGCUAG